AAAAAACAUCAUUUUGAAAGCAAUUCAUCUUUUUCCAUCACAAAAAAAUUCUGGGUUUCGGCUCAGAUGAUCAAUGAUGUCUCCAUUUGAAUCUCUCAUUAUCUUCAAGUUCCUACACUUACCUCUCCUACUCCUAUUUCUACAACCACAACCCUCUCUCAGUCUCUCCCUUUGCCGCAAUACCUGCAACAACAUUCCCAUAAACUACCCUUUUGCCAUUGAUGAUGGCUGCGGUGCACCACAGUACCGUAGAAUGCUCAACUGCUCCACAGACUUGUUCUUCCUCACUCCAUCUGGUAAUUAUAAAGUCCAGUCCAUCGACUACGACAAAAGGACUGUAAUAAUCUACGACCCUGCCAUGUCCACUUGCUCCAUAUUACAACCUCACCAUGACUUUGUAAUGACAGAUAUUCAAUCAGCUAUAAUUCCUCCAUCGCCGGACACAGUCUUCGUCCUCGUCAACUGCUCAAUAGACUCUCCUGUCCUUAACCACUACAAGUCCCUUUGCUAUAACUUUUCCGGUCACUCUUGUGAGGAGCUUUAUGGGGCCUGCACUUCGUUUAAACUGUUUCACCUUCUCUCUAACACCACUCCGCCGUGCUGUUUUACUGGGUAUAACACGGUGAAGUUCAUGAGCAUGAAUAUACUUGAUUGUACACAUUAUACGAGUGUGUAUAACACUGAUAAUCUGGUGGGUGUUGGGCCAUUGGACUGGUUAUAUGGGAUUAAACUCUCCUUUAGUGUGCCGGACACUGGGUGUGGACGAUGUGCAAAAUCCGGCGGAACGUGUGGGUUUGAUGUUGAGACUGAGGGACUCGUCUGCAUUUGCUCAACCACUACAAACUCUACUAGGGAGUGUGGGAGUGUUGCAGACACAGGGGAGAGCCAGAGACCUUUCACAUUGUUGCAAACUUUUGGUCUCAUUUUGGUACCAGUUUUUUGUAUGAUUUUACGAUGAUGUUUUCUUUCUUCUAGUUUGGAUAAUGUUUAUAACUGGGAAAUCCUGGUUUUGCUUUACUCAACAGUGAUUUGUAAUGUUGACAAUGAGGAUCUUUUCAUCUGAUCUGAUGGUCUGUUUUAUGAUUGCGUGGCCUGCAUUGCAAAAUUUUAUGUUCAAAUGCCUUCCUGCUUUCCACUGUCAUUUAUUUUAUGGGGACAUUUUUCUUUUAU